UGUAGUAAAAAGAUUGCAGGAAGGUCUGUUGAAAGCAGAGCUCUGUUGCCCCGAGGAACCAAUCCAGGAACCCCAGGAAGGAGGAGGGGAUGUGGGGAAGCCCUUCCUGCCCCAUUUCCUGGGAAAAGCCGCUGGGGCGGGGGGGGGGGGAAUUUGCAUUGCAAACUCUAGCAGGACAUAAGAGAAGACGUCCAGGGACGGAGAUACAAAAGACUGUGCUUGCAUUCUCCCAUGUGCUGCAUGAGACUAAAAUAGGGUUGGAUCCUCUGCAGUUCAACAGGAGGGACAAAGAAUGGAGACACAACCUUUAGCGAGUGAGAGAACUGGAAAAGGCCGUUGUGCUGUUGAGCCUGGGAGCUGUGGGGAGAUCCAAGGAAGAAGUGGGCAGGAGAUCCUGGAGGAGGAAUCCAUCCAUUCAGAUGUUCUGCCCUGGGACUUCAGGAGUGUUCAAUAUCGGGAGGCUGAGGGUCCCCGAGGACUUUGCAGCCGACUCCACUACUUUUGUGGUCGAUGGUUGAGACCAGAAAAGCACACAAAAGCGCAGAUGCUGGACCUGGUUGUUCUGGAGCAGUUUCUGGCCCUUCUGCCCCUGCAGAUGGAGAGCUGGGUGCGGGAGUGUGGAGCAGAGACUAGCUCCCAAGCGGUGGCCCUGGUGGAAGGCUUCCUCCUGAGCCAGGCAGAGGAGCAGAAGGAGCAGGCCAAGUUGCAGUCCCUUGCUGUGGAUAUCGGAGAUCCUGAGGGAAGGAGGAAUCCAUCAGUUCCCUCUCAGGAGCUGUUUUUCAGGAGGAUCUCCUUGGAAGAUCCAAAUCAGGACACCUCAGGAGGUAAGCAUGGAAGAAAGUUGACUCUUCCUUAUGGUGCAGCUGAAACCGUGGUUGAACCUACGACUCAACAAGAGCAUCUUGUGUUCUUCAAGGACGUGGCCGUAUGUUUCUCCGAGGAGGAGUGGUCUCAGCUGGAUCCUCACCAAAAAGCGCUGCAUUGGGAAGUCAUGCUGGAAAACUAUAGGAACGUGGCCUCUCUGGGUUAUCUUGGACAGGAGAACAAAGAUUCCAGUGAACCAUUCCAAAUGAUCUGGCAUGGAGGUGGAACGGAGAAGCCUGCAAUUCAACUGGAACUAAAAAGGCAUGAGAGAAACCAGUCAAAUACUGGGAAUAAGGAAAGCUUAUCUUCCACUGAUGCUGAGAUUCAAGACUUUCUUGCCCCACAAGGAAAAAUAAAGGAAAAAGGUAUUGUGAAAAGUGUAGGCCUAUUAAAAGACAAAUUAGAAAUAAAUGAACACUAUCCAAUCCAGACAAAAGAAGAUUAUAUAUCCAGAGACAAUGGAAAUAAUUACAAUUGCAUUUUCACUCUUUCCCAUGAAAAUCGGCCCCUUACAUCUCAUAAAAGGAUCCUCACAGGAGAGAAGCCGUACAAAUGCAUGGAAUGUGGAAAGAGCUUCCGUGAAAACAGUUCUCUUACUGUUCAUCAAAGGAUCCACAUGGGGGAGAAGCCAUACAAAUGCAUGGAGUGUGGAAAGAGGUUUCAUGAAAAGGACUAUCUUACUAUACAUCAAAGGAUCCACACAGGGGAGAAGCCAUAUAAAUGCAUGGAGUGUGGGAAGGGCUUCAGCCAACACAGUAACCUAAGUUCCCAUAAAUGGAUCCACGCAGGAGGGAAGCCAUAUAAGUGCAGAGAGUGUGGAAAAAGUUUCACUCAGAGCUCUUCCCUCACAUCUCAUAGAAGGAUCCACACAGGAGAUAAGCCAUAUAAAUGCAUGGAGUGUGGAAAGAGCUUCAUUUUUAAUAGUUCUCUUAUUAUUCAUCAAAGAAUCCACACAGGAGAGAAGCCAUAUAAAUGCAUGGAGUGUGGGAAGGGCUUUCGCCAACACAGUAAGCUUACUUCCCAAUUAAGGAUCCACACAGGAGAGAAGCCAUACAAAUGCAUGGAGUGUGGAAAGAGCUUCCGUGAAAACAGGUCUCUUACUGUUCACCAAAGGAUCCACACGGGAGAAGCCGUAUAA